AUGCAGGUAAUUCUUGAAAUCUUACUUCUUUUACAUGUCCACUAUUUUGUAGCACCAACAAAUCCUUUACUGAAAUUGGCCGAUAUACGCAAAAUAACUGAUUUAGUCCAUAAGAAAGAUCCAGAAAUACUUGUUUUAGUUGAUAAUACAUUUGCAUCCUCAUAUUUUCAACUUCCAUUGGAUUUGGGUGCUGAUUUAGUUUUACAUUCACUCACAAAAUAUAUGAACGGUCAUUCGGAUGUUGUGAUGGGUUGUUUAUGCAUGAAUUCCGAAUCAUUAUACAAACAAUUACAAUUCUUACAAUAUGCUAUUGGUGCUGUUCCUUCUCCGUUCGACUGUUAUCUAGUGAAUCGUGGCUUGAAAACAUUAGCUGUACGAAUGAGACAACAUAUGAAAAAUGGUUUACGUAUUGCGCAGUACUUAGAGAAAAAUGAAUAUGUUGAAAAGGUGAUUUAUCCGCCUUUAGAAUCCCAUCCACAACAUGAUUUAUAUAAAAAACAAAUGACAGGUUUCAGUGGUAUGAUUAGUUUGUAUUUGAAGGGUGGAAAGGCUGAACACAGCGAACGUUUUGUAAAACACUUGAAAUUAUUUACGUUAGCUGAAAGUCUUGGUGGAUUUGAGUCUUUAAUUGAGCUUCCAGCUGUGAUGACGCAUGCAAGUGUGCCAGAAGAACAUCGAAAAUUAUUGGGAAUAACAGAUAAUUUAAUACGUAUAUCAGUUGGACUGGAAGAUAUCGACGAUUUAAUUGCCGAUAUACAAAGCGGGCUAGAAUAUGCAUUGGACAAAGAAAUAAAACACUGA